UAAGAAGAAAACAAUUAGUUUAAGUAAAAUGAAUCACAGGUUUCUAUUGUUGUUCAUUUUGCUUUUUGGCGUGGCAAUUGCAAGAAAGUCCCAUCGAACUGAAAUGUGUCAUCCGCAAUUAACCAGACAAGAUCUAUUCGAUUUGGCCGUAACUUCCGGCGUCAAGGUGCUGAUCCGGCAGGUGGAGGGGUUUAAUGGAGACUUGCCGCUCUCUUCGAGUCUUAUGGUUCAUAUCACCACAGUGGCCUCCAAGUAUAUCCUGUCCGGGAAGAGCAUUAGGUUCAUUCUCAGGAUCCUAUAUGUAGCGUGCAAGCUGAACAAACCGUUGCCAAAAGAAAAAACGGUACAAGCUCCAGUCGAAACCGCAUUCUUAUGCUUGUUUGAGAUGGGAGUCGAAAAGUGCUAUUCAUACAAGGACAAGGAGGAAGGCGACUUUUCGAUAGAGACUCCAUGAAUCACGUAUUCUAUACUUUUGUUACCCAUUUCAUUACCACAUCGUCCAUUAUGUAUAUAUAAGAAUAAUGUUAUAUCUGAAUCCUUUUCAAAUGUAAAAGUAAAAUUUGAUUUCCUAAAUCUAAAAUAAUACAAUUUAAACAGAAUAAUUUUAGUUUUGGAUGAAAAAUUCCUACAGAUAACAAACUAGACUUUUACUAAAUUGCGAUCAUUUCCCUACCAAAUAAAAUCAAAUGUAUCACUUUGCUGAUUCUUUGCUGCAAAUAUAGUGUGGCACUUUAUAAAAAGAAUACUGCUCCAUUCCUUCUUGUCAUGCGCACUCAGCAAAUUAAAAAAAUGCAAUGUGCCGGCAGGAUUGGAUUCUUCAUAGCCAAAUGGGAACCACAAGCCUCGAUUCGAACAACAGCCGACAAGGUCUGUCGUUUAUUAAAAUCGGCAGCACAUGAGAAAUAGGGAAAAUGUGGUAGAAAAAGGGUAAAAGGGGACCGGGUUGCACUGGAGCCUUGUCACAAACAUAUUUCAUAAGCUUUGCCGCCAACGACGCAAUUAAAUGUCAAAGCGCUGCGCUGCCAUUUUGUUAUUUGAUUGCCCAGAGGCAGUCGAAGCUAGAGCAAUAAAUUGUGGCAGCCUGUUGGGAGUUGCAAGUGCAACUGCAACGGCACAGCAGCACCUGCUACCGUUGCUUUUUGUCCAAACAGACAUGAGCGAGACAGGUAAAUAAAAUAAGCACCACAACAUACACAGAAGAGGUGUGUUUGUCAGACAGCAAGCAGGAAUUUGCUUAAGUUUGUUAAUUAACGAGGGUAAUGCAAAUUCAAUGUUUUUAUUUAAUUUCCACGUAAGCCCUCUUCACGUUUUUCCGACAGAUUGACUAAAGGGACCAAGCGUCGUAUGCGCGAUCACCACUGAAAGGCUUUAAUUGCGCAUACGCCUAGUGGGCUGGCUAAUAAUGGCCCUCAUGGACCAAGAGCCAGUGCUGUGCAUUUUUGGGGAAAAAGAAACGUAAAAACACUGCCCUGUGGCAGCGUAUAAAUCACGCAUACGCCAUGCUGUACCUGCCAAGCAAUUGAUUUAUGCUCGCCCAAAUAUUUUCGCCCAAUUUUUAAGUAACUUUUAUUAUGACAAACACCGUGGCAUCUGACGCUAUGCUUCAUUCCUGAUUUUUCCCAGCAUCGAAGCUCAUCCUGGCUCGAUUCCUUAACAUUUGGCAGCACAUCGGGGGAGCGUUUGAUAAAUGGCCGCCUAUUAAGCGAGCACUUAAUGGUGCAUAACGAGUGAUAUAUUGACAGCCAACAGUGUGCCUGGCAUGUACUGAGCCGGCUAAGAAAUGGGUCAAUUAAUAGCCAACUGACUGGGCCUAAAAUCCCUGCUCAGUUUCAUUUUGCUGACUAAACCAAAUUCCCCUAGGCUUGGCCAUUGUAAAUUCGCUAACAAUAAACGCACUCGCUCAAAAUCUCAUUAUGUUAAGUAAAAGAAAGCUUGUGUGUGCGUCGUGAAAACAAAGACCAAAAAUUAUUACCACUUUUGCUGGUCUUGCAGCAAAUUGAAUUGAUUUUAAUCUCCAUCUUUGAACACAGGACUCCCCUGUUCCAAUAAAAUUUGCAUUUGAAAUCGCUUUUCAAAAAACUUGCACAGGAGCCGAGUCGUGUGUAUAGUAUCUAUGUGUGUGUUCGUGUGUGUCUGUUUCCUCUGUGAAUUAAAUUCGGGCCCAAUAAAAAAGUUGAAAGAGAGCGAGCAGAAAAAAAUUUGCAAACACUCGGCCAACUUUUAUGCGUGUGCCGGAUACGAUAAGAGCCACAAGGCGAUGCCAAAACAGAUACAGAAACGGCACGAAGUUGGCGAGGAGAAGCUGGGGAUGUGUGUACCCACAAUCUGCCCGCUCGCAAAUAAACUUAAAAGACAUAUGAAAAUCAGUUUUUGAAUAUUGGCGAAGAGCAAACAGGCAGGCAGACUGUUGCGUAUCCUUCGCUCCACCUCCUUCCUGCUGCUGGAACAGCACUUGGUCCUGGCACACAGCCAGUAGUGGGAAUGGAGGCGGAAAAUGGGGAAUGGCGGUGGUGAAAACCCCCGGGCAUAGCAUUAGGGUAAAUGUAUGCACAAGUAUGUACGAGUUCCACGGAGGCGGAUGGCUUCGCAUAUCUCUGUGAGCCGGCAUGCAGCUAGCAGCCAGAAGCCAGCCGCCAGCAGCAAAUGUAGUACGAGAUAUUUAGAUUUUUGGGUCAUUACUUUGCCAAAGAAAACUCGUGUAAUGCCCCUCCAUUCGGGAGAUUAUGGCCCAACAAAUUUCUCAGCUAUAGAUUGAAAAGUCAGACCGCUCGUUCGUUCGUUCGCUCGCUCGUUAAAUGUUUGCUAAUCCCGCACUGCAUUUAUGCUGAUGCUGUUGAACCAUUCAUUGGAUCAAACGCCACUCGGAACACAAUUAUCGCAUCAACACCACGAAAAACCACAUAAUGCCCACGCAACGCGGCGUAAAGCAUUUUGAAAAUCAUGUUAGCUCACGGCCUAAAUGCUGAAAGGCUAUAAUGCACAAGAAUAGGCUAAUAGCAAACACUUGUACGUUUGCGAUGUAAAUUGCGCGUGGCCAAAUUGUAAUGAACAAACGCGAAUCGAAAAUACCUAACGAGUCGGGCGAAAAAUAGGGGAAAAACUGUUCGAAAAAGAAAUUACCACAGGUAAACGAACAAUUUUUUCAUUCAUCGCCUCAUCAGCCGCUGUACACUUUCGUUUCCCUUGGCAACCCCUGAUUGCCACUAGAAAUUUAUUAUCGAACGUUUUCUUAU